GCGGGGCCCGAGCCCGAGAAGAUGGCGGUGCGGAAGAAGGACGGCGGCCCCAACGUGAAGUACUACGAGGCCGCGGACACGGUGACCCAGUUCGACAACGUGCGGCUCUGGCUCGGCAAGAACUACAAAGAUUUCAAAGCAGGAGGCUCCUUAUGCCACAUACUUGCAGCUGCCUACAAAUUCAAGAGUGACAAGGGAUGGCGGCGUUAUGAUUUCCAGAAUCCAUCACGCAUGGACCGCAAUGUAGAAAUGUUCAUGACCAUUGAGAAGUCUUUGGUACAGAAUAAUUGCCUGUCUCGACCUAACAUUUUUCUGUGCCCAGAAAUUGAGCCUAAAUUGCUGGGGAAAUUAAAGGACAUUAUCAAGAGACACCAGGGAACAGUCACUGAGGAUAAGAACAAUGCCUCCCAUGUUGUGUAUCCCGUCCCAGGGAACCUAGAAGAAGAGGAAUGGGUACGACCAGUCAUGAAGAGGGAUAAGCAGGUUCUUCUGCAUUGGGGCUACUAUCCUGACAGUUAUGACACAUGGAUCCCAGCCAGUGAAAUUGAAGCAUCUGUGGAAGAUGCCCCAACUCCCGAGAAACCUAGGAAGGUUCAUGCUAAAUGGAUCCUAGACACAGACUCCUUCAAUGAAUGGAUGAAUGAGGAAGAUUAUGAAGUAAAUGAUGACAAAAACCCUGUCUCUCGCCGGAAGAAAAUUUCAGCUAAGACAUUGACAGAUGAGGUGAAUAGCCCAGAUUCAGAUCGAAGGGACAAGAAAGGAGGGAAUUAUAAGAAGAGAAAGCGCUCCCCCUCUCCUUCAUCAACCCCAGAAGCUAAGAAGAAAAAUGCUAAGAAAGGUCCCUCAACACCUUACACUAAGUCAAAGCGUGGCCACAGAGAGGAAGAGCAAGAAGACCUGACAAAGGACAUGGAUGAGCCCUCUCCAGUCCCCAAUGUAGAAGAAGUGACCCUGCCCAAAACAGUCAAUACUAAGAAGGACUCGGAGUCAGCCCCAGUCAAAGGAGGCACCAUGACUGACCUAGAUGAGCAGGAGGAUGAAGGCAUGGAGACCCCGGGCAAGGAUGAGGAUGAAAGCAGUACGGGAAACAAGGGGGAGCAGACCAAGAAUCCAGACCUGCAUGCGGACAAUGUGACUGAGCAGACCCACCACAUCAUCAUUCCUAGCUGUGCUGCCUGGUUUGAUUACAACAGUGUUCAUGCCAUUGAGCGGAGGGCUCUCCCUGAGUUCUUUAACGGCAAGAAUAAGUCCAAGACUCCAGAGAUCCACCUGGCCUAUCAAAACUUCAUGAUUGACACUUACCGACUGAACCCUCAGGAAUAUCUCACCUCGACUGCCUGCCGUCGGAACUUGGCAGGUGACGUCUGUGCCAUCAUGAGGGUCCAUGCCUUCCUAGAACAAUGGGGUCUUAUUAACUACCAGGUGGAUGCUGAGAGUCGCCCAACCCCAAUGGGGCCUCCACCCACUUCUCACUUCCAUGUCUUGGCUGACACGCCAUCAGGGCUGGUACCUCUGCAGCCCAAAACCCCACAGAGCUCUGCUUCCCAACAAAUGCUCAACUUUCCUGACAAAGGCAAAGAGAAACCAACAGACAUUCAGAACUUUGGACUGCGCACAGACAUGUACACAAAGAAGAAUGUUCCCUCCAAGAGCAAAGCUGCAGCCAGUGCUACUCGAGAGUGGACAGAACAGGAAACCCUGCUACUCCUGGAGGCCCUGGAAAUGUACAAGGAUGACUGGAACAAAGUAUCCGAGCAUGUGGGAAGCCGUACGCAGGACGAAUGUAUCUUGCAUUUUCUUCGCCUUCCCAUUGAAGACCCCUACCUGGAAGACUCAGAGGCCUCCCUGGGCUCCCUGGCCUACCAGCCCAUCCCCUUCAGUCAGUCGGGCAACCCUGUUAUGAGCACGGUUGCCUUUCUGGCCUCUGUCGUCGAUCCCCGAGUCGCUUCUGCAGCUGCAAAGUCAGCCCUAGAAGAGUUUUCCAAAAUGAAGGAAGAGGUGCCCACAGCCUUGGUGGAGGCCCAUGUUCGGAAAGUGGAAGAAGCAGCCAAAGUGACAGGCAAGGCUGACCCAGCUUUUGGUCUGGAAAGCAGUGGCAUUGCAGGAACCACCUCCGAUGAGCCUGAGCGCAUUGAGGAGAGCGGGACCGAUGAGGCACGGGCAGAGGGCCAGGCCACAGAUGAAAAGAAGGAGCCCAAGGAACCCCGAGAAGGAGGGGUUGUAGAGGAGGAAGCAAAGGAGAAAACAAGUGAGGCUCCCAAGAAGGAUGAAGAGAAAGGAAAAGAAGGCGACAGUGAGAAGGAGUCAGAGAAGAGUGAUGGGGACCCGAUAGUUGACUCUGAGAAGGAGAAGGAACCAAAGGAAGGACAGGAGGAAAUAUUAAAGGAAGUGGUGGAGUCAGAGGGGGAAAGGAAGACAAAGGUGGAACGGGAUAUUGGUGAGGGUAACCUCUCCACUGCUGCCGCUGCUGCUCUGGCUGCCGCUGCAGUGAAGGCCAAGCACUUGGCUGCUGUUGAGGAAAGAAAGAUCAAAUCUUUGGUGGCCCUGCUGGUGGAGACCCAGAUGAAAAAACUGGAGAUCAAACUUCGACACUUUGAGGAGCUGGAGACAAUAAUGGACCGGGAGCGGGAAGCACUGGAGUAUCAGAGGCAGCAGCUCCUAGCAGACCGACAAGCCUUCCACAUGGAGCAGCUGAAGUAUGCGGAGAUGAGGGCACGGCAGCAGCACUUCCAGCAGAUGCACCAACAGCAGCAGCAGCCACCACCAACCCUGCCUCCAGGCUCCCAGCCCAUACCCCCCUCAGGGGCUGCUGGGCCACCCACAAUUCAUGGCCUAGCUGUGGCUUCAGCCUCUGUGGCCCCUGCUCCUGCUGGCAGUGGGGCCCCUCCUGGAAGCUUGGGCCCUUCUGAACAGAUUGGGCAGGCAGGACCAACAGCAGGGCCACAGCAGCCACAACCAACUGGAGCCCCCCAGCCUGGGGCAGUCCCACCAGGGGUACCCCCCCGACCCCAUGGCCCCUCACCGUUCCCCAACCAACAAACUCCUCCCUCAAUGAUGCCAGGGGCAGUGCCAGGCAGCGGGCACCCAGGCGUGGCGGGUAAUGCUCCUUUGGGUUUGCCUUUUGGCAUGCCGCCUCCUCCUCCUCCUGCUCCAUCCAUCAUCCCAUUUGGCAGUCUAGCUGACUCCAUCAGUAUUAACCUUCCCCCUCCUCCUAACCUGCAUGGGCAUCAUCACCAUCUCCCGUUCGCCCCGGGCACACUCCCCCCACCUAACCUGCCUGUGUCCAUGGCGAACCCUCUACAUCCUAACCUGCCGGCGACCACCACCAUGCCAUCUUCCUUGCCUCUCGGGCCGGGGCUCGGAUCCGCCGCAGCCCAGAGCCCUGCCAUUGUGGCAGCUGUUCAGGGAAACCUCCUGCCCAGUGCCAGCCCACUGCCAGACCCAGGCACUCCCCUGCCUCCAGACCCCACGGCCCCAAGUCCAGGGACAGUCACCCCUGUACCACCUCCACAGUGAGGAUCCAGCCAGACAUCUCUCCCCCUUGCCCCCCACGGAGAUCACAGUUCCAGGAACAGCCCUUCCCCACUGGGACCCUUCCCCAGCUGGAGAGUUCAUCACUACGUAAGGAAAGCUCCUCCUGCCCCUCCACAGCCCCUUCCAUGCCCAGCAGAGGCAUGUACUUUUAUAUUGGAUUAUUCAAGGACUUCUGUUUAAAAGAUGUUUCUAAUGUCUGGGAGAGAGGAUGGGAUGGGAUUGCUGCCC